UCGAAACGUUGCCAGCCGAAAAGUCAGCGGGCCGCGGACGACGAUUACCCCACACAAAAACAUCAGAGCCCAGCAACUCGCAACAUUGGCAACUCAACAGCAACAUAGGAAGCACUCCAGCAACAUUUAGUCUUAAGGUUUUCGACCCAGGUUUAUAUUAUACGAUAUGAUAUAUGAUAGAGAGCCCGCUCGUUCAGUGAUUUUAGUGUGCGAAAUGGUGAUCAAUGCGCGAUCGGCAGUUCGAGAAUCCCCAAGAAUGCCGCGUUAAUUGAGCUGUACGUACAGCUGUAGUACAAAUUUGCAUAACCAGUGAGGAGGCAUAAACAAAUCUGGCCGCAGAGCGUCUUGGUUCACUGAUUUAAUGCCACAAACAGAUUGCAGAUUGUAGCCGCAGCCGCGCCCCUGCAACUUGCAACUUCUUCAGCUGCAACUUGUGCAGCAACCACCUUCACCUCCACCUCGAACUCCUUGCCGCAUCUGGGUAUUGCUAUUGGCACUGGUAUUGGUCUUGGUCUUGGUCAACCUGCUUGGAAGCUUGUUUCUGCGGAAGAGCUGCCGCCGGAGCGCCAGACCCGGCAAAAAAAAAAUCAACCAAGUUAACAAAAAAAAAAAAAAAGUAAGGAAAAACACAUACAGAACAACACGGCUGCCGUUGUCGUCGUCUUUGGAAUUUUCUUUAAAAACAACGCGCUAAGAUUUACAACGCGGACCCAGGCAAAAAGUGUAAAAGGCAAGCAAAUGCAGCCGCGGAAUAAAAAAAUUAGCGCAUAGUGAAGUGUGUCCCAGUGUGUGUGUGUAUGUGUGUGUGUAUCUUGUACAUAUAAAUAUAUACAUAUGUAUCUUAGCCGAGUGUGCGAUUCAAAAAAAAAGGCUGCCCAACUAAGAGAAAAAGUUUGAAAAGUGUCAAGCGAGCGGCUCGGUGGCGGCCAAUAACCCAACGACUGGCAUGCAAUUGCGGCCAGGCGACCCCGACGGGUUAAUUACCGUUAUCCUUGCAACACAACAGCAGCAACAGCAACAGCAACUAAACCUACCACUAAACGGUACUCAAGUUGUGGAUUACGUCUACGCCGCGUUGUCGCCGUGUGAAAGGACAACAGCAACAUCUGCAACAUCUGCAGCAUCCACAACAUUGGCCAUAAAAACCGCAUUGAACACUCGGCAAAGUCAAGUGAACAUUCCGAUUGGCAACGUAACGGGCUAAUUGGCACACACCGACAAAUCAAAACGAGCCCCGAAGAAAAAGAACCAGAAAACAGGCGGAGCCCCAAUCCCAUCACCAUGCGCCAAACGGAGGACUAACAGACAACGGCGAUAACUGGCAAUAAGCGAGGAGCGUCAAAGGAUUGCAGCCCCCCACCCUCAACCCGCCGCCCGGAAAACUUCCCCGUCCUUCGGAAAACUCAAGGAAAAUGCCAUCCGUAGCGAACAACAACUACAGCAACGAUGCGCGUCUCAGUUACGUUGUAAAUCAAGUCGCAUCCGUAUCUGUAUCUGUAGUCGCCUCGGCAUCCGCAUCCGCAUCCGUCUUGCCCUCCGCAUCCGCAUCCGCUUCCGCACUUCCCACUUUCAGUCCGCCGCGGAUUGCAAGUCUGGUGGCCAGCAGCUCCGCGGAGGACCUGAGCAGUUUCGGUGACGUGACAUUCGACAUCUUCGAUGACGAUGACGACCUGUUUGGCUCGCCAAUGGCCUUCGAUGCCAGCGAACAGGGCCUCUGGAACGGCCGCUUCGUACCGCCCCCGCCCCGCCCCCCCUUCUUCGUCGACGAGCCGGUGCUGAGCGACGGCCUGACCACGUGUGAUUUGUGCUCCUGGGCGAUGCCCACCAAGAGCACCUUCAUGUUCGAGGGCACGAUAGAAAAGGCCACAGAACUGGGCUGGCCACUGACGCUGAUCAUCGUGUCCGUGUUGUCGGCGCUGCUAGGCGCCAUCAUCAUGAUUGCCGUGGUGCGCUGCCGGCGCAAAAAGUCCUCCAACAAUCGCAACGACACGCACGUGCAGUGGUGGUCCCGCAACAAGCGCGCCCACGGCAACGGCUUGAGUGGUGCGGGCGGGGCGAAUGGGGCGGCGGGUGGAGCCGCCGGCAGUGCGCACCACCACAACGGCAGCAGCAGCAACAUAAACAACAACCACCUGAGGCGGAGCAACAUCUACACGGCCCACCCGGCGGACAGUAUACGAGGUCUGCAGCCGUUGCCGGUGGUGCUGCCGUUGCCGCUGCCUCUGCCACUGCCCCACCCACCAUCUGGUGGUGCAUCGCCUGGCUCGGCCUCACCGCCUGCCCCACAACAGCAGCAGCACCAGCAGCAGCCGCUGCAGCAGCAACAGCAAUCGAACCACUACUUCCAUCCAUACCAGCAGCAGCAGCAUCUGCACCACUCGCACACGCACCACCACCACACGCACCACCAUGUGCCGCUGUAUCCGCACGAUUGCGACGAGGAUGCCGCCUACGAGGAGCCGGAAUACCAUCAGCCGCAGCAGCUGCACUCGGUGAACAGCAGCAGCUCCCUGUCCUCGAUGGGAUCCUCGCCACUGCCGCCGGAAACGAGCGGUUCCGGAGCCACCAACUGGCCACCGGGAGCCACAUCCGCCACCAUGGUCAUAGCCAGCUGAGAAACGGGCCGGGACUGCGCCUGGAUUUGGCAGCAGUAAUGGUAAUGGUUAGGUGGAUGUGGAUGUGGUUGUGGUGAACCCACUUAAGAUGCAGCGCACAUGGAUGGGUGCAGAUCAUAAAGGGGAUUACACGUAACAAUUUUGUGAAGUUUAUUUUUGCCAGUUCAUCCCAGCCGAGGACUCCCUAAAUGUACCUAUGUGUGUGUGUGUGUCUGUGUCGCCAAUUGGGAAAACCGAAACGAAUUUAGUGUCACUUCCGUUUCCGUUUCGCAAACUAUCGAGGCAGACAGGCGAGAGGGUUGCGGUGCGAUAUAGUAUGGUAUGGCACUGCCACAGGACAUGCUCUUUACAUGCCGUGCACGUUUCAUCCUUUAUUGCCGCUCGGCAUUAGAACAGGGAUUUUGUCGGAUUAAAGCAAAUAAAGGGCGUGCUUUCUGUUUGCACCCAACUGGCAACUGCCGAUGAUGCCACAAGUUUAAAUCGAAAUACUCUGGAUGGUUGCGGGUACCUCGAACUGAGCUUUCGCAAGGCAUAUAAGCAAUUUCGCAGGGUACGAUGUGGUCGAUAUGGAGGAGCCCCAAAGCUUACCACUUGUUUUUUGUUUAAAUAGACAUUUUCGGCUUAGGACUUGUGGGUAUAAAUGUAUCCCAGCCAUAUUCCAGGGGCCUCAAGACUGUCCCGGGCAGACAUUGAGCCACAACUUUGUGGCUUUUCACUUCAUUCCGCUCUUGUUUCUCGCUUUUGCCAUGACGGCGGCAAAUGGGUUCCGAAACUGGCGAAAAACAAAUAACAUUUAAGCGAAAAUUGAAGAGAAAGUCCGGCAAAGAACUCGCAGCAUCAUCCGCUAAAUCAUUAAUCAAAUUAUGAGCUCAAGUAUCUAAUAGCAAUCCCAUGACAAGCAUAUCAACAAACAUAAGCUCAACAACAGCCAACAAAAGUACUUAAAACAAUCAAACAUUGCAGCAACUUAAAUGUAAAUGCAAACGUAAACAAAAACUCGCGCCAUUGUAUAUUUAUUGUAAAUAUUUUUUUGCAGUCCGCUCCAAUUAGCAAUUAACAGCCGGAGCGUGCAACAGAAGUUUCUUCAACAACUAAAUAUUGCAUUAUUUCAAUUCGAUAAACAAAAAAACACAUCAACAAAUCGAAAACAAAACAUUCCUCUUCAAAGCAAACGCAAAGUUCAAGUUUUCAUUUAACAAUUACAAUUUACGACAACACACAACCAAAGACUAGUCAUUUAAGUCACAACGUCGCUAUGUACAAACAAGUUAAACGAGAAAUAAAAUAUGAUUAAGCCAGUUAAUUAAUUCGAUUUACGGAUGCUCCAUUCGAACGCAUUCGUUUCGCAUUUAUUAGUUUUACGAGAUGAAAGAACAACUGCAAUAUUGUAUUUUAAAUAUUUAUUCAUUAAACGCACUUUUGCCCACUCCCUUUCUAUCCCACAAUAACAAUAAUCGUAAUUAGCAUUUAUAAUUAAAAACUCAAACAUCAAGUAAAUAAUAAAUAAAUAAAAGAAAGACGAGCGAAAAUGCGCAAAAAAAUUACUAUGAGCAACUCAAAAUGUUCCAAUGUUUAGAUUAGCCAACUAAUUACGUGGAAAUGUAAACAAAAACAAAUACUUCAUAGUUUUCAUAACAAAUUCA